UCCGCGCUUGAUGCAAGCGCGGCAGCCGGAGGAGAUCGUGCUCGUCGGGGUCUUCCGCGUCUCCUGCCUGCCGUGCGUGCUCUCGCGGCGGGAAGCGCCGUCCCAGGAUAUCAAUGCAAGCCUGAAUAAAGGAAACAAUUUCUUCUCCUAAACCAUGGCAUAUCAGUUAUACAGAAAUACUACUUUGGGAAACAGUCUUCAGGAGAGCCUUGAUGAGCUCAUACAGUCUCAACAGAUUACUCCCCAACUUGCCCUCCAAGUCCUACUCCAGUUUGAUAAGGCUAUUAAUUCAGCGCUGGCUCAGAGAGUCAGGAACCGUGUCAAUUUCAGGGGCUCUCUAAAUACAUACAGAUUCUGCGAUAAUGUGUGGACUUUUGUAUUGAAUGAUGUUGAAUUCAGAGAGGUGACAGAACUUAUUAAAGUGGAUAAAGUGAAAAUUGUAGCCUGUGAUGGUAAAAAUACAGGAUCCAGUACUACAGAAUGAAUAGAAAACACAAUGGCUUCUUUAUGCCAUCUUCAUUAUCCAUCACAAUUUGGAAAGAAGCAUAGAAGAGACUUAUUUAUUCUAGCAUUGCAGAAAUUACUAUACUGUGCUAGACUAUCGGAAUUUUAUUAGGAAGAUGCUUGUACUGUAACAUCUCAUCUUUAUGACCCAGCAUGAAGAAGCAGCUUUUUUAAUGACAAAUCAAACAUUGUUGCCUUCCUAAGAAUGUUCUUUAAUAAACUCAUUUUAAACAGUAUAAUAA